AGAACCUUUCUUUCCCAAACAUCUACUACUUCUUGAAGUUGUCAUGCUCAUGGCUUUAUCAUCCUUUUCUUCUUUGUUUAAGCUUUCAGCUUUUACAUUAUGCCUAUCGAUUCUGGUUGAGAGUUCUUCAGGUCAGCUAUCAACAAGUUUCUAUUCUACAACGUGCCCUAACUUUCGUUCAGUAAUAACAAGAGCAGUGAAUGCAGCCGUAUCAAAGGAAGCUCGCAUGGGAGCUUCGUUGCUUCGCCUUCAUUUCCAUGAUUGUUUUGUUAAUGGAUGUGAUGCUUCGGUGUUGUUGGACGAUACUGCCAAUUUUAUCGGAGAAAAAACAGCUGGUCCAAAUAACAAUUCGUUGAGAGGAUUCGAGGUGAUUGAUACUAUUAAAACCCAGUUGGAGCGCAUGUGCCCUGGUGUCGUUUCAUGUUCAGAUAUAUUAUCUGCUGUUGCUCGAGAUUCGGUUGUUACUCUUGGUGGGCCAAGUUGGAAUGUUUUAUUUGGUAGACGAGACUCGACAAAAGCGAACUUAAAUGCUGCAAAUUCUAACCUCCCUUCACCAGAUUCAAGUCUUAGUGCUCUCAUCUCAACUUUUUCAAACAAAGGUUUCACUGUUAAUGAAAUGGUUGCUCUAUCAGGAGCUCAUACAAUUGGUCAAGUAAGGUGCUCGGUGUUCCGUAAACGUCUCUACAACGAUAACAACAUCAAUUCAUCGUUUGCGACAUCAUUAAGAGCACAUUGUCCAUCGAGCGGUGGUGACGAUAAUCUCUCACCACUAGAUGCUUCACCUGCAUCUUUCGACAACAGAUACUUCAAUAAUUUGAUCAACCAAAGAGGAUUAUUACAUUCGGACCAAGAGCUAUUCAACGGCGGUUCAACAGAUGCACAAGUUAGGAUCUAUGCAUCGAAUCGGGCUACUUUCUCAAGAGACUUUGCAAAUGCGAUGGUGAAGAUGGGCAAGAUUAGCCCUUUAAUUGGCUCGAAUGGUCAAGUUAGGACCAAUUGCAGAAGAACCAAUUAACAUCCUUUCAUUAGGAACAAGAAAAUGCCUAUAAAACCUUAUUUAUAGAACUAAAAUAUCAAAAAGUGUCUUCCUUUUUCAGUUAUGUUGUUUCCUUGAAAAGCUUGAAAUGUAAUUUGGGAAGACUGUCAUGUUCAAAUAAAGACAGUUUGCAAUUGU